AUGGAAUGCGCUUAUGAGAGUAGCAUACAGGGUAGUGUUGGAUUCAUUGUUUUGAACUUUCAAACUGAGGAAAGGUUGAGAAAAGAGAAGGAUGAUUUAAUAAGAAAUCAAAGCCUACUCAGUCAACUAAUGCAAGAGAACAUGAAGACUUUGCAGCAGAAGCACGAAGACCUACUCGGCAUGUCCAGCAAUAAUAAUCAAAUAUCGGAUUUAGAUGCUGACAAUGGUGCAAGUGAAAAGUCAGACGACUCUGAUAUACACUCAUACGAUUUAACCAACCCCAAAUCUCCAACAGAUUCGAUGAUGUCAGAAAAAUUCCGAUCAACUUCAGGGAUUGUGCUGGUUUCAAAGAAGACAGUGCAAUCUGAUCCUUCCAACUCAGAUAUGACGAAAGUUUCAAGUUGGGACUGCAGACAGGUCCUGAUUUGGUUACAAUCGAACGGAUUUGGUGAAUACACUGCAGAAUUCUUGAAGGAGCGCAUCGACGGCAAACAACUCGUUCAAAUGAACGAUAACGAUUUUAAGAAUCUUGGCGUUGAUCAGCAGAAGGACUGUGAGAUGAUUGUAAAGAAGGUCAAAGAUUUACAGCGUCAAAAGUCUGAUUCACAUUUAGGAAAAUCUGUCUGUUGA